AUGCAAACACUGCCCUCUGUUGAGCGAUGUUGGCAGCACAGAACCCGCGCUCCCGCCCCUCUUCUCCAGGUACAGACAGACAGACACGUAGACACACACCAGCAACACCAACCUACCUUCAAGACGGGCCAGGCGCAGCACGGAGGAGCUGCCUACCUGCUGACCCAGCCCUACCACGCUAAACACCUGUAGAAAAGAACAGGUUUCGAGGGGGUGAUCUCGUAGGAGAGAAGCUGCGUUACGUGCUGUACUGUGGUAUAGGAGUGUGGUGAGCCGUCUGUAUUCUGCUUCUUAAAGAUAAGAUUGACUAUCUUGUGAGAGGGAGAGAGAGAACUUUAAGUUUGAAGAUAUACAGAACCUGAAAUGGAAGACGACUACGGCAGCAAGGUGGCCGCUGGUGGGGACUACGGCAGCUACGGCGCCGCUGAUGGCGGGUAUGGAUACGAGAAAAUAGUGGACUGCAACUCUGCUCUUGGACUGAUUGGUCUACUGGGAUUGAUAGAACUUCUGAGGGAUAUUAUUGGGAAUGUGAUAAAGCAAUCUGAAAAAAAAGAGAUGAGGAGGAGACGCAGGAGCGCUGAAGGUGAUGCUCCAGGCAGCAGCGGCAGCUUACUGGAGUACUUCAGUGGUGGAGGAGCCGCCCACCUGCUGCACACGCUGCCCGCCACCCUCCUGCCCCUCCUGCACAAUAUGGUGGAUGUGAACGACGGGUUGGAGUCGCCGGCGUGUCUGGAGCACAGCGUGUGCCAGGCCAACCAGGCCUUCCUGGCCCGAGCCCCGAACAACAGCACAAGCGACACCACGUUUGGAGACACCGUCGGCGGCCUGGUGUCGUCCCUGCUCACCCAGGUGGCCUCCAGGUCCCUCACCAGUGACCAGGAGACCUACCGGAGGGCGCUGAGGGCCGGAGAGGUGGGGAGGAAUGGCGGCGACUGCAGGCAGGCGUUCAUGGACUGCCCCGAGCUGAAGCCUCGACACACGCCUCGUCCAGGGGUCAAGGUUACGACCCUCCUCUACGACCACCUCGUCCAGGGGUCUAGAUUACGACCCUCCUCUACGACUACCUCGUCCUGGGAUCUAGGUUACGACCCUUCUCUACGACCACCUCGUCCUGGGGUCUAGGUUACGACCACCUCGUCCAGCGAGGCUGUUUUUUUUUUUUUUUUUUUUUUUUUCUACCACAGACGUGGCCACACA